AUACUUACAUAUAACGUAUAGUUUCUCUUGUUAAUAUUUGCGCGCUAGAACAUUUGGAUUUAGCAAUGGAACAUCAUUCUAAAUACCAAAUGGCUAUUGUUUGGGUGAUGCUGUUCUUACCUGCCGCACUAAGCUACUCUUACGGCUUCACUCCCUCCAGAGCUACCUAUUAUGGUGGCUACGGAAAUCCAAGGGGAGCUUGUGGAUAUGGUGAUUACGGCAGAACUGCAAACCAAGGGAGGGUUGCAGCCGUGUCUGGGCUAUGGAGAGGAGGCGCCGGAUGUGGUGCUUGCUACCAAGUGAGGUGCAAGAAUCCAAGACUAUGCGAUAACGACGGCACGACGGUAGUGGCCACAGACUACGGUGCAGGGGACAGAACAGACUUCAUUAUGAGCCCAAAUGCUUUCAAAGAUCUGGGACGAAAUCCGAGAGCAUCAGAAGAGCUCAAGAAAUACGGCGUCGUUGACAUCGAAUACAGGAGGGUACCCUGCAGAUUUGCUGGCUAUAACGUGCGUAUCAAGAUCCACGAAUCAAGCAAAUACCCAUAUUACCUUGCUAUUGUGAUUCAAUACGUGCCUGGAAUGAGCGACGUCACUGCCGUUGAGAUAUAUCAGAAUGAUCGCCAUGAAUGGAGGCCAAUGAGAAGAGCGUACGGGGCAGUGUUUGAUAUAGUUGGCGCACCACGUGGACCAUUGAUGCUGAGGCUGCGAUUCAGUGGAAGAACAGGCUGGGCGCAGUCGACCAAGAGUGCAAUUCCUGGUGAUUGGAAGGUUGGAGCUUCCUAUGAUUCUCAAGUUCAAGUCUAAGUAAGAUCCAAGACGAGGAUUGGGCUACGUAAGCUGUGUGGCUCUAAAGAAUGCAAGUUGUUGGUAUCAUGUCUGCUAAAAAUUAAGAAUAAAUAAUAUGUCUACGAGAGUAAUAAAUAAAUAAAUAAAUAAAUAAUACGUCUCUUGGAAUGAAUGAAUAAUAGGGGUUUGUGUAUUUUCCAUUUAUGAUGGAAUUUAUAUAUGAAUAAAGAAACCUCUUCGUUUAUAUA